AUGUAUUUGGAAGUGAGAAUAGUUUCUUUAUUUCAAGAGUUCAACAGUCCCAUUACGAAUUCACCAAGAAACCCAUCAAUCGAGUUCCAUCCAGCAACCGUUUGCCACAGUAAGACCUCUGACCCUAAUUCAUGCCCAGCAGCAGAAGAUACCGCCAAAAGCCAUGGUAAAAUCAGAAGAUUCAGAUUGAUGCAAGGAUUAAACCCAGGAGUUCCAAUAGUAGAGCAAGUGGGCUGCCCUGCUAGACGACAAAACAAUAUCAAGAUCAUCAUUAGGUUAGAAAACGUCACCGUGGGCCGAGGGGUCAUCCUCCACGCAGUCCAGGGCCAGGCGAACCAAUUUCUCCACCACUGCCACUGGAUAAGAGUCCCUCAGCCUCCUGUCCACCCACUUCCGGACUCCACCUUCCUUCACGGCUGCUCUGGCAGUCUCCACCACCGAUAUCCUUGCAUAACUCCCACUCUCCUCAUCAAUUUCAUAUGCCAAAGCCUCCAUUCCUGA